UAUAGAGAGCGGAAAUAGUUAGAUAAAAGGUUUUUGAGCUGACUGGUAGGCUUGGUCAUUUGGUUAGUUCUUGUGUUCCAGCUUAUAUACAUUAGGAUGAAGGUAGACCAAACAUCAAAUCUUGGCCACCUGGUUGUAGAAAAUGGAUUCCCUGAAAAUCGAGUUUUCCAUCCUUUUCUUCAUCUGGGCAUCACUUACAUGCUUAUCUUCCAGCCUCUCUAGCGAAUACUCUAUAAUAGGUCAUGAACUGGACCGGUUUCCUUCAGAAGAGGGAGUGGUUGAGCUUUUCGAACUAUGGAAGCAGAAGCACAGCAAGGUAUACAAGCAUUCAGAAGAAGCAGAGCGGAGGUUUCAGAAUUUCAAGAAGAACCUCAAGUAUGUAUUGGAGAAGAAUGCACAGAGAAGUUCAUCCAUUGCUCAUAGGGUGGGGUUGAAUAGGUUUGCUGAUAUGAGCAACGAGGAGUUCAAGAAUGUUUAUUUGUCAAGUGUGAAAAAGCCCAUCAACAAAAUGAGGAAUUCUAAUCUCAAAAGGAAUAUGCGGGGAAGAAUUCAAUCUUGUGAUGCACCUUCAGCUUUGGAUUGGAGGAAAAAAGGGGUUGUGACUGCUGUUAAGAACCAAGCAAGUUGUGGAAGUUGUUGGGCUUUCUCUUCGACUGGAGCCAUCGAAGGAAUAAAUGCCAUUGUAACUGGUGACCUUAUAAGCCUUUCAGAACAAGAACUUGUGGAUUGUGAUACUACCAAUGAUGGAUGUGAAGGAGGCUAUAUGGACUAUGCUUUUGAAUGGGUUAUUAACAAUGGUGGUAUUGAUUCAGAAGCUAAUUACCCUUAUACUGGUGUGGAUGGUACCUGCAAUACUGAAAAGGAGGAUACCAAAGUUGUCACCAUUGAUGGUUAUCAAGAUGUAGGUGAUUCAGAUAGUGACCUCUUGUGCGCCACUGUUCAGCAACCCAUUAGUGUUGGCAUGGAUGGUUCUGCAUUGGAUUUUCAGCUUUACACUGGAGGAAUUUAUGAUGGUGAUUGCUCGAACAAUGUAGAUGACAUUGACCAUGCUGUUUUGGUAGUGGGAUAUGGCUCGGAAGGUCAUAUAGAUUAUUGGAUAGUGAAGAAUUCAUGGGGAACUAGUUGGGGAAUUAAUGGAUACUUUUAUAUAAGAAGGAAUACUAAUAUAACCAACGGGGUUUGUGCUAUCAAUGCCAUGGCUUCCUAUCCCACCAAAGAAUCAUCUUCACCAUCUCCUUAUCCAUCACCAACAGGUCCUCCUCCACCGCCUCCUCCUCCACCACCACCACCACCUCCUUCUCCCUCACCAAGUGAUUGUGGAGACUUUUCCUAUUGUCCAAGUGAUGAGACUUGCUGUUGCAUUUUUGAAUUCUAUGAUUUCUGCCUCAUCUAUGGUUGUUGUGAAUAUCAAAAUGCGGUUUGUUGCACCGAUACUGAAUACUGCUGCCCAAGUGACUAUCCCAUUUGUGAUGUUGAAGAAGGGCUAUGCCUCAAGAACUAUGGAGACUACUUGGGAGUGGCGGCAAAGAAGCGAAAAAUGGCAAAGCACAAGUUCCCAUGGACCAAGCUAGAGGAAACAGAGAAGACACACCAACCCCUUCUGUGGAAGAGGAAUCAGCAGUUUGCUGCAUUGCGCUGAGAAAGAAAUUGUGUUUCUGCUCUUUUUUUCUGAAGUUUGUAUUUCUCUUGAUAUUUCUUUGAAGUAGGCACUAUGUCAUCAUGCUUUGGACAUAUGUUAUUAUGGACAUUGAACAUGUCUUUUAAACAAAACCAGCAACUAAGAUAAAGGAGAAGAUGUGAUUUUUCUCUA